CCCCGCUGAGAGGCGGAAGGCCUCGGGCGAAACCCCGAGCCUGGGUUCUGCGGCGGCUCCGGGGCCUGGGUGCCUUCUCCGGGUUCCGCGCGGCGGCGGCCUUGGCCGUCUCCUCUUCGCCGUCCUCCGUCGCGCGCCGCGCGGCUCGUCCCCCGCGCGCUAAGAUGGCGGCCGAGGUGGACUUCGGGGACCGCGAGCUCUUCCAGCAGCUGGAUGCCGACGAAGGGGCGCCCGCCGCGCGGCCCGGCCCGGCGGAAGAGGCGGCGGAGCUCCGUGAGCGGCUGAGGGACUCCGAGGAGACCGUCAGGCAGCUGCGGGCGGAGAAUCAGGAACUCAGAAGAAAACUGAACAUCCUGACUCGACCAAGCGGAAUAACGAUGGAUGACUGUAAGCUUGACGGACCUUUGUUACAGAUUUUGUUCAUGAAUAAUACUGUUUCAAAGCAAUAUCAUCAAGAAAUAGAGGAGUUUAUAUCUAGUUUAUUUCAAAGAUAUGAGGAGCAACAGAGAACUGAAUCUGACAAGACUUGCUUCAAUGUUAAGCCGCAGCCUUCUAGCUUUGUCCUGGAAGAGGACCAUAAAGUGACAGGCUCAAAUAUGUCCAAAAAACUCAAAGAAGCCUUUAGCGUUGUAGGAAGUGUUCUCUAUUUUGCCAAUUUUUGUCUUGAUAAACUGGGGCAGCCUAUAUUAAACGAAAAUCCUCAGCUCACAGACGGAUGGGAAAUACCCAAAUACCAGCAAGUUUUCACGCAGAUUCUUUCUCUAGAUGGACAAGAGAUACAAGUAAAGGCUAAAAGCAGGCCCAAAUCUCACUGUUUCAACUGUGGCUCUGAAGAUCACCAGAUGAAAGAUUGCCCACAGCCACGAAACUCUGCCCGUAUAAGUGAAAAAAGAAAAGAGUUCAUGGAUGCUUGUGGGGAAGCAGGCAGCCAAAACUUCCAGCAGAGGUAUCACGCAGAUGAAGUGGAAGAACGUUUUGGAAGGUUCAGACCAGGAAUAAUUAGUGAGGAACUUCAGGAUGCCCUUGGUGUCACCGAUAAGACGCUUCCUCCCUUCAUCUAUCGCAUGCGGCAGCUGGGUUAUCCCCCAGGCUGGCUCAAAGAGGCAGAAAUGGAAAAAUCCGGGUUAACUCUCUACGAUGGGAAAGCGCCGCCUGGCAGCGAAACAGAGGAGGAAUGCCACCAACAGCAUCCGUGCAUCACGUACGAUAUCUCCAAGUUGAUCAAUUACCCAGGUUUUAACACGUCCACUCCAAGUGGAGUGACAGACGAAUGGAGGAUCUUUGGCUCAGUACCCCUUCAGCCAUCCCAGCAAAAGGACAUUUUUGCUCAUUACCUUUCAACUUACCAUUCGGCAAGUCCAAAAUCCAGGCAUAAAAAACCUUCAUCUCAUCAGGGCUCUCAUCAUUCGAAAAGGCAGAAAGGAAACAGCGCUGAAGUAUUGUCGGCUGACAUGGAGAUCGAUUCCGAUUUAGAAAUGCCCCAUAGCUCUCCAGCUUGUGAUGGCUUCCAGUUCCAGCCUCCGUUGCCUCCGGGGCCACCGCUGAAUGCCACUCCUCCCCCUUUGCCACAAGGCACCCCUCCAACUGCUCCCCCCAACUUCACCCCUCCCCAACUGCUGUCUUGUGUGCCAGCAGCACUUCCUCACGACACCCCGCCUCUGACGCCUUCCGCCCUGAGACCGGAGGACUCGGCCGUGGACGAGGACAUGCUGACCCUGGAGGAGCUCGAGGAGCAGCAGCGCCUGAUUUGGGCAGCCCUGGAGCAGGCGGAGAGCGCCAGCAGUGACUCUGACUUCCCCAUGGGGACUCCUUUAGCAGGGAAUUCUGGGACAACAUCCCCCUCCAGGACGGAGCCCUCCCUUCCCCUGGAGGAAACGGCCCCCAAGAAGUUGGAUGUCUCAGAACCCGAUCUGUGUGACCCCCCCGAGCGGAUUCCCGGGGCCAAAGAGCCUGAUCAUGCCCAGGCUUCAGCCAGCGAACUGGUGGAUUUAACGGGAGAAGAGGACCCCACCCCCACAGACUCCGAAGGCAGAGCCGAAGCCUGCUCGUCAGCCCCAGCGGGCAGCGUGAACCACAGCGAUGCCCCUGCGAUCCCCAGUGCCGAGCUGCCCUCCAAAACCGCCAGCCUGGUUCCCGACAUGAGCAAGUUCGCUGCCGGGAUCACCCCUUUUGAAUUCGAGAACAUGACGGAGUCCACCGGGACGUACCUCCGAAUAAGGAGGGUGCUGAAAAACUCCCCAAGGAACCAGCAGAAGAACAAGAAGCCCUCCCUUUAGUGGCCCUGCUUGGGCCACUGGCAAAAACAGCGGGGUUCAGAUGUGCUCCUGCUAAAGCACCGAGUCAAGAGCGGGAGGUGGAAAGUGGCCGUUGCGUUCUUCCUAAAAUGAUUAAAAAAAAAAAAGCCUGGUGGACAGGGCUUCCAUUUUGACCUAGGACCAGGGGUUGCCCAAGGGCUAAUACUUCCACCAAUAUGCGAAAGAACUGCGAAUGUUACCCAGUCCUGCGUUACAGACACCUCUGAAAGUCUUUUCCAGCUUUGGGUCAAAUACGUCCUCGGCUCUCUACAGAUGGAGGUUUUUGUCUCUGCCGCGUAAACAAGACCCGUGCUUUCCACGUUGAGCUGAUCGUUCUUUAGAUACAUUUGAUGUCCGUGGCUUUUAAAAGGACCUCAAUUUUUUAAAUGCUUCCCCACAAUCCUGAGGAGAACCAGGAAUUGUGGUAGUCCAGUGGGAAUAAUCAGGGACGAUUUCACCUUCCUUCCAUCUUUUUUGAAAAGUUUUAUAAGUAAUUUAGGUGAUUUAAUUUUUUUAAUGCCACUUCUGCGUUUUUUUUUUUUGGUAACACCAUCAUAUUUGAACUUGCUGUACAUAUAUUUGUGCUUGUGUACAGGAGUUUAAUAAAAAGAUUUUUUCGUAA